AUGACUGACGAAAUGACGGAAAUCAAACAGAUGAACUUCGGGUGGCUGCAUGCGCCGCCGUUUCCGCCGGCGUGUUGUCAUUGCUUGAUGGUUCGCUCGGGGACUGGUGUUGUGCUGGUGGAUACGGGGAUUGGUCUGCAGGACAUUGCCGAUCCGGUGGGGCGAAUUGGGCAGGAGGCGAUUGAUGCCGCGGGGUUUUUGUUUCUGCCUGCGAUUACGGCGGUUCGUCAGCUAGAGCAGUUGGGGAUUCGGCCGAUGGAGGUUAGCGACAUCGUGCUGACACACUUCGACCCCGAUCAUGUCGGUGGACUGGCUGACUUUCCGCAGGCCAAGAUCCACGUCGCCGAAGAAGAGAAGCGGAACUUGGACUCGGGCAAUCCGCGUUACAGUGCCGCGCAGUUUGCUCACAAACCUAAUUGGAUCACCUACGAGACGGAUGAUUGCGAUACGUUGGGGGUCGCUUCUCGGCGGGUUCACACGGCCCUGGGAAUUGAUAUUCGGUUGGUUCCGCUGUUCGGACACACGAAUGGACAUUGUGGCGUGGCCAUCCAAGCGAAUGACGCUUGGACGCUUCAUGUUGGUGAUGCUUACUAUUUGCGUGAUGAGUUGACCAAUACGAAACAUCCGGUUGAUGAGUUGGCAACGUUGAGGGCUGACGACAAUCAGCGGCGGUUGGAAUCGCUGGAGGUUCUGCGGCAACUCACGCGGCGCACGGAUGUUGAGCUGACUUAUUUCGGGUAUCACGACGUGGGUGAGCUUCCGGGUGAUAUUCUGCGGCUUGAGGAUGUGCUGAAGGAGUUGAAGGGCUAUGGCACGGAGCAGAACCGUAAGGUGUAUCGGCGGCAUGGUGUGGGUGGGGAUGUGUAUGGUGUGAGCUACGCCCACUUGGGGAAGUUGCAGAAGGCGAUUGGGUUGGAUCAGGAGUUGGCGCUAGCGUUGUGUGACUCGGGCGUGCACGAUGCGCGGGUGUUGGCCACGAUGGUGGCUGAUCCACAGGCGAUGAAGUCGGGCGAUCUCGAGCGGUGGUGCAAGUCGCUCGAUAACUAUGUGGUGACCGACGCUUUCGUGAAGCUGGCCGGGAAGUCGCGGUUCGCCCAGGCGAAGAUGAAGAAGUGGAUUCGCUCGCGGAACGAAUGGAUCGCCAGCGCCGGUUGGGGUGUGGCGGGCAGCCUGGCCUUGCAGGACGAGGGGCUAAGCGGGGAAGAAAUGGAUGGCCUGUUGGAGACAAUCGAGGGGGACAUUCAUCAGCAGAAGAACCGCGUGCGGCAUGCGAUGAACAUGACGUUGAUCUCCAUCGGGCUGCAUAGCGAGGCGUUCAAACGAAAGGCCAAGGCUGCGGCGAAGCGGAUCGGCAAGGUCGAAGUGGACCACGGCGAGACGAAUUGCAAGACGCCUGAUGCGGCCGCUUACAUUGAUAAAUCGUGGGAACACAAGCGGCGGAAGCAUCGAUCCUGCUGA